UGCUAAACGAUUAGGGGGAAUGCGGGGAAGGCCAAUUUUCCGUCCAUUUCUUCUCCGACAAACCUUCAGAAUCCGAUCAAUUUCCUCUCACUCUUCUCCGACUGGAACGAUAAUGUCGACUCCGAAUUCCAAUCCUCCAAUUUCUACACCGCCGUUCACCUCCGCCGUGCAAAACCUCCAAGUCUCCAACCGCUUCUCUCAUUUUCUGAGAAUGUGUAGCUCCUCUGCCGGUGCAUCAAAUGUUGUCCCCAUCAAGUCAGAAGAGGAGUUCAACAAUGCCCUCACCAAAGCACAAGAAGAAUCUUUACCAUCAAUUUUCUACUUCACUGCUGCAUGGUGUGGGCCUUGCAGAUUCAUUUCUCCUCUGAUUGAAGACCUUAGUAAGAAAUACCCUCAUGUAACGACUUUUAAGAUUGAUAUUGACCAGGAAGGCCUUGGAAGCACCUUGGGGAAGUUAAAUAUUACGGCUGUGCCAACACUCCAUUUCUUCCAAAAUGGGAAAAAAGAGUCUGAAAUGGUCGGUGCUGAUAUAGCUCGCUUGAACAAUAUUGUGGAGAACCUCUACAAGAAGGAUUGAUCAGCAUCCGACAAGGAAUUCAAGGAAAAUGAUCUUGUGAUAUGACAGGCUUGGAAUCAUUUCAAACAAUCAAGAUCUGAAAAGAAUGGUUUCUUCAAGUUGUCCCUUUUCAAACACUUUUGAUUUGGUAGGCGCUUAGCUUCUUUUCGCAGGCGUUCUAUCAUUACAAUAAAUCAUCUUAAACAUCACUUAGUAUGACAGGAUGUUCACAGUUACCAAUACAUAAACUUGAAAUUCUUCUGCUUAAAAUGAAUGAUCUUUAGACUGUUUAGGGACAGCUGCAAUGGUUGCAUCGAAAUGACUUUCUCUACUGCUAUGCCUUCUUCAUAGAGGUUAGCAGUGAGAUGACUUCAAAGAGGAUUAAUGGUAGAUAUGCCUGCCAAGCACAAACAAUUUGGUGUGAUUAAAUGGUUGCUUUCGUG